AUGGGCAGAUCGGAGCCUCCAUUCAUUUACGAUCGUCCGACCACCUACAGUUUCUAUGGCCCGACCGAUCCAAGCUUCAACCCCAAGGCCGUGACGCAAGCGAGUCGAACUCGUCCACCACCAAGGCUCACGCAAAAGGGCCCGUUGGUGAAUAUCAACCGACACCCCGACUCAUGGGGCGGUCUCGACUCGAAGUCAACAUGGACGCCAAUGAGUCCCAAUACAAAGACUAAAGUCACCGUUGCGCGACAAAUACAGUUGGUGUUGCGAGUCUUCGCUCUUUUGGGCGCACUUGGAUCUCUGUUCUGCUCGAUUGUGAUCAACAACGUUGCGACUACCGUCAUCUGGAUCAUUCGGGCUGGUCCUAUUGUCGCAAUUCUUCAUACUCUCUAUGCCAUUUACCAUCUCUGUCGCUCUCCAGUGAACCGACCCCCCGCUUCACAAGCUAGCUAUGGCUUGUUCGCCUCCACUCUGGAUGCGGGACUCAUUCCGUUCUACGUGUUUACCGCCUUCAUGGCUCAUGGAGAAUACACCACCGAUGUCUACAAAUGGGGCACUCUAUUCGACAAUGAUGCCGUGACCGUUCAGGUGGCCGAAGCUACUUUUAUCUGUGCUCUCGCCAAUGGCGGCCUGCACCUUGUUUCGCUCGCAUUGUCGAUCUUCUUGGCCGUCAUGUUCCGCAAGAUCUCUCAUCUACCUCCAGAUAUGAACCCGCUGGAAGAUAACUUGACCGCUCGUCCUCGCAAGAGUCGCAAGGAACUCGAUGUGGAUGAGAAGCAUCUAAGCUCAUCCACUCUACACUCGAGUCUCGAAGACCCGCUCAUUGGUCCUCCUCGCUCUAUGCCGUUUAUGCAUACGCGUGGUCAAUCUUUGGCCAGUGAUUCUAACCGUGGAUCAGUUGAUAUGAUGAACGUGAAGCGUCAAUCUGUAGUAUCUGUGCCCCCACACCGGCUAUCUCAUUUGGAGCCAUCAAGCCCCGAGAUGUUGUUCCAGCAUCCUGCUAGCCAGCCCUAUGAUAUGACCUCAGAAGCCCCUGCUCCGGGAUACCGCAAUGUGCCUGCCCGUUCACCCGAAGUCGUGGAUUCUGCUACCCACACCCACCUGGCAUCUCUCACUGCGGAUAGGUUGGACUCGGUCAGCCCCUUGUCUGGCAAUUGGGUUGCAUAUCCCGACCGCGAUCCAUCCCCAGUCAGCGAAGCCAACAAUGAAAACGAAGCCAAUAUUCGUCAAUCAUCAUCCGCCUACAGUCGCCGCACCAUCUCUACAACCACCUCGCAAGGUGGGAAUGGUUUCCGAGACUGGUUCGCAUAUGGACAGAAGCCUGCGAGUAUUGGAAGCGUUAUCCCUGAGGAUACCCGCGGAGAGUAUGCAUCGCUAGCAAUGCACGAGCAUUAUGGAAACGACGAAGAAAAGCCCGAACAGGACCUCGGUGACCGACGCUUUAAUAUUUUCCCUGACCCCGAAGAGCACGAUCACGAUCAUGAUGAUGAGCGUUCUCACGGUCUUCCCUUCAAUCCUCUGAUGCUCAACCCCCCGACCCCCCAGCCAAUCCUCACGGAGAAGGCCAAAGACACCGAUCCCAUUCGACGAAGCGUCCUGGGUGACAACCUCAACAUCUCCAACCAGCAAGCUCAGGUCAUUGGUACUUAUGAAUCACUCGACUCCCCAUCGUCAAAGACCCGGUACUAUGGUAAUCUAGAGGAAGAGGGCAAGCCUGGUCUGGACACGUCACGGCACGCCAGUGGUCAAGAUGACUUGACUCGCAAGCCAACGAAGCUGUCCAAGAAACGCAACAAGAAAAUGUCCGCCUACCAAUCCCUAAAGAAGGAUGACAGUGGUGAUGAGGGUUAUGUCAACUCCCGGAGUGUAACUGAAGGAGACCGGAAGGGUCGUGUUGUCAGCAACUCCGGUGCUGACACUGCUCGAUCUGGCCUCGUUAGUGGUGUUGGUGCCUCUCUGUCCUCCUAUGGAAGCUACAUUGCCGGAUUGGGUGUUGGACGUCGCCGCGAUGUAAGCGGUAAAGUGGCCGAGGAAGGUCGCAGCUUGAACGUUGUUGAUGAGGCUGAAAUCCCAAGUUCGCCCCCAAGCCAGAAGCCAACACCAGCUCGGGCUGCUGGAUGGGCACGAUUUGCAGGACUGUGA